AUGAACUUCUUUCUGGAAACACUUCAAGUCAUCGGACUCUUUGUUUAUUACUUGCUGGAGUCGCUUGUGUUCUUGGUUGUGCCUAAACGGAAGAAGAAUGUUAGUGGUGAAAUAGUAUUAAUAACAGGAGCGGGGAAUGGCAUUGGAAGACUCCUGUCUUUAAAGUUUGCCAGCCUGGGAGCCACGGUAGUUCUCUGGGACAUUAAUCAGGAUGGGCUCAAGGAGACGAGUAGACUGGCCAGAGAAAACGGAGCAGGGAGAGUACACUCUUACAUCUGUGACUGCAGCAAAAGGCAGGACGUCUACAGAGUAGCUGAUCAGGUUAAAAAAGAAGUUGGCGACGUUAGCAUCCUGGUCAACAACGCCGGCAUUGUAACUGGGAAGAGGUUUCUUGAUUGUCCAGAUUCACUUGUGGAAAAAACCAUGGAAGUGAACAUAAUGGCACACUUCUGGACCUACAAAGCCUUCCUCCCAGCAAUGAUAGCCUCUAACCACGGACACUUGGUCAGUAUUGCAAGCUCAGCGGGACUGACUGGAGUCAAUCGCCUUUCAGAUUACUGUGCAAGUAAAUUUGCAGCAGUUGGCUUCGCGGAGUCGGUUGAUUUAGAGAUGAGAGAUCUGCGAAAGUCUGGUGUUAAAACCACAAUUGUGUGUCCUUUCUUCAUAAACACAGGAAUGUUUGAUGGCUGUCAAACCAAGUGGCCAAAUCUGCUUCCCACUCUGGAGCCAGAGUAUGUGGCUGAGAAGAUAAUCACUGCUAUUCGACGGAACCAGGAAAUGUUGCUGCUACCACGCAGUCUUUAUUUUAUAUUUGCUUUCAAAAACAUACUACCAGUGAAAAUAGUUGUCCUCUUUGCGAACUAUUUUGGAAGCCCCCAUGUCAUGGAUAGCUUCAAAGGUCGAGCGAAGAAGGACUGA